CUCACUUCUUGAAUGUCAAAAGGUACUUUCCAAGUUACUGAUCGGUUUUGUGUGUUCUGUUCCUAGUGGCCUUUGCUUUAAAUCGUGUCGAUGAAGAAUGGAAAAUUAGCCACCAAACGUCUGCUUAGAUUAAACAGCCCCAAACAGAAAGCGCCAUCGGCAACAGACGCCCCGACUGCUUCUUUAACCUGUGGUUUAACACACGGCAGCACUGGGCCUCCUGCAGUGAUAGGUCGUCGUCUGCCAGUCCUGGUCCGCAGUUGGCACGAUGGAGGACGCAAUCAGAGAGGGGACGCUGAUGAAGAGAGAACAAAGGGCCACAGUGCGGGUGUCAUUUAACUCAUACAGUUUGUCAAGAAAGAAAAUUGUACACUACACCUGCUUUGACCAACGGAAAAGGGCCAAUGCCGCCUUUCUGAUCGGCGCCUAUGCUGUGAUCUAUUUAAAGAAGACACCAGAAGAGGCCUACAGAGCACUGCUAUCUGGCUCAACUCCCCCUUAUCUUCCAUUCAGGGAUGCUUCCUUUGGAAAUUGCUCUUACAAUCUCACCAUUCUCGACUGUUUACAGGGACUCAGAAAGGGAUUGCAGCAUGGAUUUUUUGACUUUGAGACAUUUGACGUGGACGAGUAUGAGCAUUACGAGCGAGUUGAAAAUGGUGACUUCAACUGGAUUGUUCCAGGAAAAUUCUUAGCGUUUAGUGGACCACACCCUAAAAGCAAAAUUGAAAAUGGUUACCCUCUUCAUGCCCCUGAAGCCUACUUCCCUUACUUCAAAAAGCAUAAUGUGACUGCAAUCGUGAGACUGAACAAAAAGAUUUACGAGGCGAAGCGCUUCACCGACGCGGGCUUCGAGCACCAUGACCUCUUCUUCCUAGACGGCAGCACUCCCAGUGAUAACAUCGUGAGAAGGUUCCUGAACAUCUGUGAGAACACAGAAGGGGCGAUUGCCGUCCACUGCAAAGCUGGUCUUGGAAGAACAGGCACGUUGAUAGCCUGUUACGUCAUGAAGCACUACAGGUUCACACAUGCUGAAAUCAUUGCUUGGAUCAGAAUUUGCCGGCCAGGCUCCAUCAUCGGCCCCCAGCAGCACUUCCUGGAAGAAAAACAAGCAUCGUUGUGGGUCCAAGGAGACAUUUUCCGAUCCAAACUGAAAAAUAGACCAUCCAGUGAAGGAAGUAUUAGUAAGAUUCUUUCUAGCUUGGAUGACAUGUCUAUUGGUGGGAACUUAUCUAAAAUACAAAACGUGGAAAGAUUUGGAGAGAAUAAUUUAGAAGAUGAUGAAGAUGUGGAGAUGACAACCAGCAUAACCCAGGGAGACAAGCUUCGUGCCUUAAAAAGUCAGAGACAGCCACUCUCCUCUCCAUCCUGCGCACUUAGGUCCGAUGACAUGAAAGGCCACCCCAGAGCAGCGUCCCAACCUUUCAGGUAUGGCCAACAAGGUUGACUUUCUGGUAAUUUGUAAAUAUAUAUUACCCUAUACACGUUUUCCUAAGCCUUGAACCAGUGAGAAUAACCCAGG